CGCCCCCGGUCNGGUCCCCCCUCCCCCUCGCGGGCGCCGUGCGAGACGGGACGAGCGUCUCCCCGUCCCGCUCUGUGUGUGGCGCAAAGGCGAGGAGGAGGCGGCCACGGAGCCGAGGAAGAACGAGGAUGCGAGAACCGCCGACGGCACCGUGCACCACGAUGAGAAAUGAAGUAUAUGAGAAACAUUUAAUUAAUAUCCUUCAGUGAACAAAGAUGAAUAGUGAGCAGCAUGCAUUGCCAGCGACUACGCAGGCACAACAAGAGGAUGUAAACGCGGGUCAAAGUGGUCGUCCUUCAUACCCAGGUGGUUUGGCUACCGCGACCAGCCUUGGCAAUGUAGGGAGUACCCCUCAUUCGUCCGCGGACCUGCGUGUAGGUACAGCCGUAGCGUUAGCCUCCUCGGUAGCUAAGUAUUGGGUCCUCACCAAUCUGUUUCCCGGACCGCUACCUCAGGUCUCGGUCUACCACCAUUCCCACCACAACUCCUCGCAUAGGAGUGGUGGAGGUGGAGAGGCAUCCUCCAAAGAGCCAGCCUCUUCACUGAACCAGGAAAUGGCGUUGACUUCCAGCUCGCAUCAUCAGUCGACAGCACCGCAUCAUCAUCAUCAACCUUCGGUUAGCAGCAGCAGCCAUCACAGUUCCCUGUCCUCGAAUCCACAGAUACCGGUAUCUCUACCUGGCCUGAACUUAGACGGCGCCCAUAUCCCGGCGAGCGUUAGUCACCUGCAGGCCGCGCAUGCACAAAUGCAACAGCAAAUGCAGGCGCAACAGCAGCAGCUGCACCAGCAGCAGCAACAGCAGCAGCCGCCGCCGCCACCGCAGCAGCAACAGCAGCAGCAGUCUUCCCACCAUCAGAUGCAGAAUCACCAGAACGCCCAGAACAAUGGACCGACCGUGCACAGUCAGAGCGCGCAGCGAGACGACAAUAAGGUCAAGGACGAGGGCGGCAGUUGCACCACCGAGCGCUGCAGCGACAAUCAGGUUCACUGUCAAGUUCAAUGCGAUCUGCAAUUGCAACCACCGCAGGAUCUUCAACAGAGCUUGAUGCAGCAGCAGCAGCAACAACAGCAGCAACAGCAGCAGCAGCAGAUCGGGGUGAACAUUAGCGGCAACUCGACUACGGAGGGCGGCAGUCAGAACAAUUCUGAGAAGCCGGAGAAGGAGAAGGAAUUGCGGCAACUUAACAUGACACAAUUCCAAGUUCCUGACUUGAAGCCAGGCGGACAUAUGAUGGAUGUGAGAACGGCGGACGGCUCGGUCGUGAAGAUCAGCGCUGGGAACGAGCAAGACCUGGCGAAAACGCUCGGCGUCGAGAUGGUGCAAAAUAUGUACAAGGUCAACGUCGAGGAUAUUAAUCAGCUGUUGGCGUAUCACGAGGUCUUCGGCAAACUGCAGAGCGAAAUUGCCGCUGGAACGACACUGGUAGGCAGCACCGUGCCUACACAAACAGUUACCACGAUACAGAACGGCACGCCGAUCGUGCAACAAGUCCAGCUGAACAAAUUCGACAUCAAGUCGAGCGACGGCGAAGCGACGCCCGGCCCGAGCGCCUCGCCCGUGUCGGUCGGCAGCCACUCUUGCGAGAUAUGCGGGAAAAUCUUCCAGUUCCGUUAUCAACUAAUCGUACAUCGUAGAUACCACACGGAGAGAAAACCGUUCACGUGUCAGGUGUGCGGCAAAGCGUUCUCGAACGCGAGCGACCUAACACGUCACGGCAAGUGCCACCUGGGUGGAUCUAUGUUCACUUGCACGGUUUGCUUUCAUGUCUUCGCGAACGCGGCCUCGCUGGAGCGUCACAUGAAAAGACACGCCACCGACAAGCCGUACAAUUGCACGGUUUGCGGCAAGAGCUUCGCACGCAAGGAGCAUUUGGACAACCACACGAGGUGCCACACCGGCGAGACGCCAUAUCGAUGCCAAUUCUGCUCGAAGACAUUUACCCGAAAAGAACACAUGGUAAAUCACGUUCGCAAACACACUGGUGAGACUCCACAUCGAUGUGAUAUUUGCAAGAAGAGCUUUACUCGCAAAGAACACUUUAUGAACCAUGUUAUGUGGCAUACAGGAGAAACGCCUCACCAUUGUACAGCCUGCGGCAAGAAGUAUACGCGCAAAGAGCAUCUUGCUAACCACAUGCGCUCCCACACGAACGACACACCGUUCCGUUGUGAAAUAUGCGGUAAGUCGUUUACGAGGAAGGAGCACUUCACGAACCACAUAAUGUGGCACACGGGCGAGACGCCGCACCGCUGCGACUUCUGCUCGAAGACGUUCACGCGAAAGGAGCAUCUCCUCAACCACGUUCGCCAGCACACGGGUGAGUCUCCACACCGAUGCGGCUUCUGCUCCAAAUCGUUCACCAGAAAGGAACACCUUGUUAACCACAUCCGCCAACACACAGGGGAGACGCCCUUCCGCUGUCAAUACUGUCCGAAAGCAUUUACGCGGAAGGAUCACCUGGUGAACCACGUCAGGCAGCACACGGGUGAGUCACCGCACAAGUGCCAGUAUUGCACCAAAUCCUUCACGCGGAAGGAACAUUUGACCAAUCACGUGCGUCAACAUACAGGCGAAUCGCCACAUCGAUGCCACUUCUGCUCCAAGUCAUUUACUCGUAAGGAGCAUUUGACGAAUCAUGUGCGCAUCCACACUGGCGAAUCUCCACACAGGUGUGAGUUUUGCCAGAGGACGUUCACCAGGAAAGAACACCUCAAUAAUCAUCUCCGUCAGCACACUGGAGAUUCCUCACACUGUUGCAACGUGUGCUCCAAGCCGUUCACAAGAAAGGAGCAUCUCGUGAAUCACAUGCGUUGCCAUACUGGUGAACGUCCGUUUGUGUGCACAGAAUGUGGCAAAAGUUUCCCGUUGAAGGGCAAUCUCCUAUUUCACAUGCGCUCGCACAAUAAGGGCAGCAACGCCGAGAGGCCGUUCCGCUGCGACCUGUGCGCCAAAGAUUUCAUGUGCAAAGGACACUUGGUCUCGCACAGACGCUCGCACUCGGAUGAGCGACCGCACAGUUGCCCGGACUGUGGCAAGACCUUCGUCGAGAAGGGCAAUAUGCUGAGACACCUGCGCAAGCACGCGGCCGAAGGCCCGCCGACGCAGGUCAGCACUCCGUCGGCUAUACCGCAGUCCGGCGUCCUGCCGAUACCGGCGGCUGCGGUACUCGUGGGACACCCGUUAGCGCCGCCGGCGCCGCCAGUGGUGCCGCAGCACACGGUGGUCGUGCCCACCCCGCCGGGUGUGCUGGCGUCGUACUAAGAAACGGAAAAACAGGACGGAGAAACCAAAUUAGGAAGAGGAAAUGAAUACGGAGGGGAGAGAAGGAGAUUUGAUAGAGGAAGAGAAACACUGUGGAAGAGGAGGAGGAGGAGAGGAUGCAUUUUUGAAGCCGAUACAUGUGCGUGAUAUAUAUAUAUGUAUGUGCGCGUAAUACUUAAGAUACGACUGUGUCGAAGAAGAGUGAAGGAGUUGUGCGCUGUUUAUCGUUUCCUCGCAAGGAUUGCUGGAUCACAAUGGAUUAUUACGCCGUCGUCGAGGAUCAUCAUCGGUGUUUCGCGUGGACGCGUCUGCACUCGCGAUCGCAGCAACAGCAACAGGAAUCACAGUACACACACACACAACACACGUACACGUACACGCUUACUUUUUUGUUUGAUAAGGGAAGUCAGGACGAAACGAUGUAUACAAUGGCUGUACGCGCGCAUUGGAACAUCGGUUGUUUCUCGCGACAAAAGCAUGGUGUAUUUUCCAAAGUUUGGUUUCGCUUAUUUAUGCUUGUACUUGAUAAGUAUGUCGACUGUGGUAACGAUUUAUUGUAUGCGUGUAUACGUUCCAAAUCUGUGCAAGAGAAUCGGUAGUGUCGCAGAGACAACUUUGUAACUAUGCGAUUUAAAGAAGCCGGUAAUCUUACGUAUUUUAAGUAACCUUUCGUCGUGUAAUUUUAACAAAGAGGCACUAAUUACAAUGUUCACGACGAACUUGCAUUGGAUUAUAAUCAGUACUUUGAUUUCGCACGGGUAUGAUUGAGAAUGCGUUCGCUGCUUGCAGCAACGUUUACGGAAAUCGGCGUCACAGAGAGGCGAUUUCCCAAACACAAAUCAAAGUACAGUGACAAUGUGUGUGGGUAUAUAAGUGGCGAUUAACAGUCGUGACCAGCGUUGCUUGAUUGACGUUAGUUGACUGUCUUCGGCAUAAUUUCGCUGCAAUGCGUUAUAGAAAGCGGAUCAACUGCGUUCUUGUUUUUUCUUUCUUUUUUGUUUUUAGGAAUUCGGUGGCGGUUGCAUUUCAGAUUCGGAGUGGUAUUUUGAAUUUUGCAGUUGGAAUGGGCUCAAUGUGUUUAUUGUUGUACUUUCAUACGGGGUUGCAAUUUAAUCGAUGGUACAACCGAAACGAAGACGAUUCUUCAUGUGACGACAAGAUAACAUUUCUACAUGACUUCUAUAUGUGAAGAAAUGAAUAAAUGAAAUAUAAUUUAUCGGCAAGGAAUAUUAAUAACACUAAUGAAAACUAUAUUAACACUUUAACGGCCGCUCACACAACAUGUGUGUGAUGCUACCGCCGAAGAAAAUAUUGCCGGCUCCUGGCGACAUUUGACUGCGUAGACGUGCGGCCAUUAAAGUGUUAAUGUCGAUUAAUAAAGUUGCAUUAAUAUUGAUAUUCCUAUUAAUCAUUGAAUAAUAAUCAAUUGAAUAAUAAAUAAUAGAUAUUGAAAGAGAGAGA